CUCUUGCCCCUGACCGCGAUUGGCUGGAACCGCGGGGUUCUCCAGUCCCGGCCUCAGAGGCGCGGACGAGGCCUGCGACGGCGGUGCGAGUCAGUAUGCUGAGACGGUGAACAUGGACUUUUCUCGACUGCACACAUAUACCCCACCCCAGUGUGUGCCGGAGAACACCGGCUAUACCUAUGCACUCAGGCCCCGUCAUCUCUGCCCAGGGACGCAUUCUGUCUCUGUGAGGAGCUCUCGAGUGUCAUAACAGACUGAUUGGCCAGCUCAAGUGAAGUUGCUCCCUGUUCCUGCUGUGGAGCAUAAAAACAGUUAUUCUUGGAUUGAACCAAGGCUUUGCACUGAGCUACACUUGGAGAUCUUUUAUAUUUUUACAUUUUGAGACAGUCUUUUCUAAAUUGCCUAGACUGGACUCAAACUUGUAAUCCUCCUACCUCAGCUACCUGCAGUGCUGUGAUUAAGAAGUGACUUCGUUACAUGCACAUUCACAGUGGUUUGUUCAAGUUACUCAUCUGAUGCUCUGGAUUUUGAGAUUGAGCACAGAUUGGAUCCUGUAUUUGAUUCUCCAAGGAUGUCUCGUCGUAGCUUGCGCCUGGUCACGGCAGCAUAUAGCUCUGGGGACAGCCAGGCUAUGGAUACACACUCCUGUGCCAGCAGCACGGCCUCCCUGAGGGAUAGAGCCUCCAAAACAGUAAAACAGCGCAGAAGUACAAGCAAGCAGGCCUCUUUCAGCGUCAACCACCUAUCAGGGAAGGCUACAUCCUCCAGCAUCAGCCAGGGCAGCUCUGGCAACCUGCAGGGUGCUGUGCCACUGAGGCCACCUGUGCUGGAUGAGACUCUGAUUCGUGAGCAGACCAAAGUGGACCACUUCUGGGGUCUUGAUGAUGAUGGCGAUCUUAAAGGUGUAAAUAAAGCUGCCACUCAGGGAAAUGGCGACCUGGCAGCAGACACAGCAGCCCACAAUGGGUACACCUGCAGAGAUUGCAGCAUGCUCUCAGAGCGCACAGAUAUGCUCACAGCCCACCCUGCUGCCCACGGGCCUGCAUCGAAGAUUUAUUCCAGGGAUAGGAAUCUGAAACGCGGUGUGUCUUUCUACUUGGAUAGGACUUUGUGGCUGGCCAGAUAUACUUCAUCAUCUUUUUCAUCAUUCUUAGUUCAACUUUUUCAAGUGGUUUUAAUGAAGCUCUAUUGUGAAUCAAACAAUUACAAAUUGAAAAGUUAUGAAUCAAAAGAUUGUGAAUCAGAAAGCUAUAAAUCAAAAAGCCGUGAAUCAAAAGCUCAUCGCAGUUACUGUGGGAGAAUGACUGUCACAGAGCUUCCCAGGGAGGACCCCGAUCGUCCCAGUGUACACGGGGAGUUGCUGUGCGAUGACUGUAAGGGGAAGAAGCACCUCGAGACACAUACAGCCGCCCGCUGGCAACCAUCCAAGCUACACAGGGUGGUGGGGGCCAUGGGGCACCUCUGCACCCGUGCAGGUUACUUCCUCAUGCAGACGCUGGGAAGGGUGAGAGCUGCUGGAUGGCUUGUGUCCAAGACGGUGUGGUCAGUCCUUUGGUUGGCCAUUGUUGCUCCAGGGAAGGUGGCCUCUGGAGUGUUCUCGUGGCUGGGGAUUGGAUGGUACCAGUUUGUUACUCUGAUCUCUUGGCUGAAUGUGUUUCUUCUUACAAGGUGCCUUCGAAAUAUUUGCAAGUUUUUAAUUUUGCUCAUCCCACUAUUACUCUUAGUAGGUGUAGGCCUCUCUCUGUGGGGUCAGAGUGAUUUCUUUUCCUUCCUACCUGUGUUGAACUGGACAGACGUGCGCACAGUAGAGAGGGUAGAGGACCCCAAGGACACAUUCAGACCUGGGUCUUCUCAACUGCAGGAUAAGGAAGAGGCUUCCUGGUGGCUGCAAGAGAAUGAUGGGAGGCAGCAGGUGACUUCUUUUUCUGCUCAGUGCCACAACCACGAGGAGAAGCUCGGGGAGCUGACGGUCUUACUUCAGAAACUGCAAGCGCGGGUGGACCAGAUAGAUGAUGGCAGGGAAGGGCUGUCACUGCAGGUGAAGGAUGUGGUUGGACAGCACCUGCAGGAGAUGAAUGCUGCUGGGCUCUUGAGCACCAAGACUGACAUUAUGACUUUCCAUCAUGAACAUGAAGUACGCCUCUCAAAGUUGGAAGAUAUUUUUAGAAAACUAACAGAAAAAUCUGAGGCUAUCCACAAGGAGUUAGAACAGACCAAGCUAAGAACAAUCAGUGGGGCCGAGGAGCAGCUCCUGCCUCGUGUGGAGCGCCUGGAGGAGGAGUUGAGCCUCUUGCGAUCACAGUUGUCAGACUGGCAGCAGCUGAAGGCCAGCUGUGAGCAGGUGGAUGCCCAGGUCAAAGAAACCCCCAGGCUCAUGUUCACUGAGGACCAGCAAGGCAGUUCCCUUGAGUGGCUGAUACAGAGGCUGUCUUCACAUUAUGUGAGCAGAGAUGACCUGCAGACCUUGCUACGGGACCUCGAGCUACAGGUGCUGAAGAACAUCACCCACCACCUGGUAGUGACAGGCCAGAAGCCAACGUCUGAAACAGUGGUGUCUGCUGUGAGUGAGGCAGGGAUUUCUGGAAUCACAGAAGAGCAAGCUCGUGUCAUUGUGAACAAUGCUUUGAAGCUGUAUUCCCAGGACAAGACCGGGAUGGUGGACUUUGCCCUGGAAUCUGGUGGUGGCAGCAUCCUGAGUACUCGCUGCUCAGAGACAUAUGAAACUAAGACAGCGUUGCUGAGUCUGUUUGGGAUCCCACUGUGGUAUUUUUCUCAGUCACCCCGUGUAGUGAUCCAGCCUGACAUUUAUCCAGGUAACUGCUGGGCAUUUAAAGGCUCCCAGGGGUACCUGGUGGUACGGCUGUCCAUGAAGAUCCACCUAACCAUGUUUACCAUGGAGCACAUACCAAAGACACUGUCACCAAUGGGCAACAUCUCCAGUGCCCCCAAGGACUUUGCCGUCUAUGGAUUAGAAAAUGAGUAUCAAGAAGAAGGGCAGCCCCUGGGACAGUUCACAUACGACCAGGAAGGGGAGUCAUUACAGAUGUUCCCGGCUCUGGAAAUACCUGACAGAGCUUUCCAGAUAGUGGAGCUUCGGAUCCUAUCCAACUGGGGACACCUGGAGUACACUUGUCUCUACCGGUUCCGAGUCCACGGCCAGCCCGCCCAUUAGAGAAGCACUCCCUAGUUUGUACAGUUUGUAAAUACCAGUACCCCAAGACACUGGAACCCUUCGAGGAUGAAGGCAUGCGCAGAGCAGAGGGACGCACCAGCCCUAUAAUAAAUGUGGCAUGGAAGCCGGGGGUAUUGACUGACAUCUUCAUUGAAGCCCCAUCUACAUAGAGUUGGCAUGUGGGUCUCUGGAAGCCCAUUUGAAUGUGUGGUUCUCAGACACUCAUUUGUUUGGGGGAUUUGUUCUUGAACAUAAAGCUCCUUAUAUUUGUAUUUCCUGACAUCUGUAGUAGAGCAGAUGGAAUCGGGAGGUUUGAUGUGUUCUUGAAGCUCUGAGGUGGGGCCUUUCACUAGUUCUAACAGGACCUCGGGAGGGUAGACCUACUCCAUCUGUUAAGGCCACUCACAUUUCUUUCAGGGAAAACUGUCACCUAGCUUUCAGUGGGAACUCCUUCCCUUGGCCCAUCUCUAGGUCCCUGGUGCCUAGGUGGAGGGCGGAGGUGCACUGCGGGCCUAAUUCGAGCAGAAUUAGGCUUCACUGUGCAGACGCCUUGGAGGGAGGGUGUGUCUCCACUGAGGGUCAGUCUAAUGAGCACAUACCCUGGAUGUGAGGGUACAGUGUAAGCAGGAACCAGGACACUGGGCCCUCUGGUGUCCUGCUAACAGACAACACUAAGGUGCCGACCCUCUGCGGCUGCUUCUGCUCCACGCGGUCGCCAGGGAGCUGUCGUCCCUGCAGCAACACUUGUGCGGCUCUCAGGGUCUGCCUUCCAUCGCUGCUCCCAGCAUUCUCACUUGGUUAUAAUUAAUAUUUAAUAUUUAGACUUUUAUGAGCAGACUUUAUAAUUGAGAUACCUACAAGGCACUUAAAAGUAUUAGAGUUGUUUUACCUGAAUAAUUAUUUAAGUCUCAAUGGUCAAGACACUUGGCAUUCCAUCACUGCUGUACUUUCAGAAAAAUCAGUGGUGCUUCCUGGUUUGUGGGGCGCUUGUGUCUGUUGCACACAGUCCCGGUACCUCUGCCACAUGGGGCACUGCUCCUGGUCCUCUCAGGACUGAGGCUGAGGUGUGUGCUGUUUGGUCAGGGAGAAUGUAUACAGACAUUUCAUAUACUACAAAUUACAUAUGUAAGUUUCCUAUAUAAAACUAAAUUUGGGGGUUGGGUGGAGAUAUUUUGAAUAUUUAUUUUUAAAGAUGCAACAUAGGACUUUGUGCAAUGUAUUUUUGUAAAUGCUUUUCAAAAUAUUUGUCUUUGAUAGUGUUUUGUUUGCUGCCACCAAAUUGAUAAAUGCUAUUGAGAUGUUUAAAUAAAGAGUUUUAAUUUUUAAAA